AUGAGAUUUUCUUCCGCCUUAGCACUAUCUGCUAUUACCGUUGCCGCCCUGGGCGAGAGUAUUACUACUACUAUCACAGCCACCAAAAAUGGACACGUCUACACCAAGACCGUCACUCAAGACGCCACUUUUGUAUGGACUGGCGAAGGUGAACGUGCUCCUGCUGCUACCUCUGCUGUAACUUCUGCUGUAUCUUCCGCUGCUAACUCUGCUGUAUCUUCCGCUGCCGAACCUUCAGCCGAUGAAGGUUCUGGUUCGAGCAUAACUACUACCAUCACAGCCACCAAAAAUGGACACGUCUACACCAAGACCGUCACUCAAGACGCCACUUUUGUAUGGACUGGUGAAGGUGGACGUGCUCCUGCUGCUACUUCUGCUGUAACUUCUGCUGCUAUAACUUCUGCUGCAGAGCCUUCCGCUUCUGCAGAGGGUACCACUACUGAUGAAGGUUCUGGUUCGAGUAUAACUACCACCAUCACAGCCACCAAAAAUGGACACGUCUACACCAAGACCGUCACUCAAGACGCUACUUUUGUAUGGACUGGUGAAGGUGAACGUGCUCCUGCUGCUACCUCUGCUGCUACCUCUGCUGUAACUUCUGCUGUAACUUCUGCUGCUAUAACUUCUGCUGCAGAGCCUUCCGCUUCUGCAGAGGGUACCACUACUGAUGAAGGUUCUGGUUCGAGUAUAACUACCACCAUCACAGCCACCAAAAAUGGACACGUCUACACCAAGACCGUCACUCAAGACGCUACUUUCGUAUGGACUGGUGAAGGUGAACGUGCUCCUGCUUCCACCGCUGUAAUUUCCGGUACUUCUACUCUUGAGACUUCUUCUUCUGCUCCUGAGAUUUCUUCUGCUGAGACUUCUUCUGCUGUUCAGACUUCUUCUACUGCUGAGAUGUCUUCUACUGAGACCUCUUCUGCUGUUCAGACUUCUUCUACUGCUGAGAUGUCUUCUACUGCUGAGAUGUCUUCUACUGAGACCUCUUCUGCUGUUCAGACUUCUUCUACUGCUGAGAUGUCUUCUACUGCUGAGAUGUCUUCUACUGAGACCUCUUCUGCUGCAACAAUCUCUUCUGCUCUCCAAAGUUCGGCUUCUUAUACGAGGGCUUCUUCCGCUGUUUCAAAAAUCUCUUCUACUUCUAAAGCUUCAUCUGCUGUUUCAAAAAUCUCAUCUGCUUCCAAAGCUUCUUCUGCUGUCGAAGCAUCUACAACGACAUCCUCUAAGUCAAGUAUCACUACUGUCGUUACUGCUACUAAAAAUGGGCAGGCUCGCACAAAGAGCGUAACCCAGGAUGCUGAGUUUGUUCAUACUGGUGAAGGUAGCAACGGUGGGGCAUCGGGUUCCUUUGCAAGCUCAAAAGCUAUUUCUUCUAUUCCAAAAGUUCCAACCACCACCGUCGAGACUUUGACAAAUGGUAAGUCAUCCACCACCGCUCAAGUCGUGAAUUACACCGGUGCGGCUGAUUCCAUCGCUGCUGGUACGGGUUUGAUGGGCGCUGCGCUCGCUGCUGUUAUCUUUUUGUAG